AUAGACCCAGGCGUUCACCCCACCUCCACCCCCGCCCCCGACAUCCCGGCCAGAUAAAGGCGCCGAGGCCAAGAGGGGAGAGAGGCCCCGCCCCCCUUGAGAAGAGAAGCUGAAGCCCCUGCAGGACAGGGGCCUGCGUCGCUAUGGGUUCCACGGCUACCCCGGAGGGAGCUCUGGGCUACGUCCGCGAGUUCACGCGCCACUCCUCCGACGUGCUUGGCAACCUGAAUGAGCUGCGCCUGCGCGGGAUCCUCACUGACGUCACGCUGCUGGUUGGCGGGCAACCCCUUCGCGCUCAUAAGGCAGUUCUUAUCGCCUGCAGUGGCUUCUUCUAUUCAAUUUUCCGAGGCCGUGCAGGAGUGGGGGUAGAUGUGCUCUCCCUGCCUGGGGGUCCUGAAGCUGGGGGCUUCGCGCCUCUUCUGGAUUUCAUGUACACUUCGCGCCUACGUCUCUCUCCCGCAACUGCACCAGCCGUCCUUGCAGCCGCCACGUACUUGCAGAUGGAACAUGUGGUCCAGGCAUGCCACCGCUUCAUUCAGGCCAGCUAUGAACCUCUGGGCAUCUCCCUGCGGCCCCUGGAGGCGGAACCCCCCAGGCCCCCAACAGCCCCUCCACCAGGCAGUCCCAGGCGCUCCGAAGGACACCCAGACCCACCUACUGAGUCUCGCAGCUGCAGUCAAGGGCCCCCCAGUCCAGGCAGCCCAGACCCCAAGGCCUGCAACUGGAAAAAGUACAAGUUCAUCGUGCUAAACUCUCAGGCCUCCCAAGCAGGGAGCCUGGCAGGGGAGAGGAGUUCUGGUCAACUUUGCUCCCAAGCCCGGCUCCCCAGUGGAGAUGAGGCUUCCAGCAGUAGUAGCAGCGGCAGCGAAGAAGGACCCAUUCCUGGUCCCCAGAGCAGGCUCUCUCCAACUGCUGCCAAUGUACAGUUCAAAUAUGGGGCUCCAGUCAAUACCCCCCAUCUCCUCACACCCAGGGCUCCAGAGCCCACUGGAUCACCCUCUGGGCAGGCUCGUCCACCACCAGGAAGUGAAUUUUUCAACUGUCAGAACUGUGAGGCUGUGGCUGGGUGCUCAUCGGGGCUGGACCCCUUGGCUCCUGGGGAGGAGGACAAGCCCUACAAGUGUCAGCUCUGCCGGUCCGCCUUCCGCUAUAAGGGCAACCUGGCCAGUCACCGCACAGUGCACACAGGGGAAAAGCCCUACCACUGCUCCAUCUGCGGAGCCCGCUUUAACCGGCCAGCAAACCUGAAAACGCACAGCCGCAUCCAUUCGGGAGAGAAGCCCUAUAAGUGUGAGACAUGCGGCUCACGCUUUGUGCAGGUGGCGCAUCUGCGCGCGCACGUGCUGAUCCACACCGGGGAGAAGCCCUAUCCCUGCCCCACCUGCGGCACUCGCUUCCGCCACCUGCAGACCCUCAAAAGCCACGUCCGCAUCCACACGGGAGAGAAGCCUUACCACUGCGACCCCUGUAGCCUGCAUUUCCGGCACAAGAGUCAACUUCGGCUGCAUCUGCGCCAGAAACACGGAGCUGCUACCAACACCAAAGUGCACUACCACAUUCUUGGGGGGCCCUAGCUGAGCGCCGGCCUGGGCCCCACUCCCUUCCUGGAAGACGGGAAAGCUGCGCUCAAGGCUGGCUUCCCUGUCAGGCUUGGGCAUGGGGGCGUGCAAGGUCCCUCCCUAUCAGCGACUGCCACCACCUUAAUUUCUCACCGGGGAGAGCAGGGGUGGCAGAUCACGGCUUGAUCUGCCUCUGUUUUGCUGGUCAAAACCUCUUCCCCACGAUCCAAAUUGUUUCUAAGGAGACAGCAUGCUAGGAGCUGGGGGAGGGGAAAGACAGGUCUGGCUUCCUUAAGCACCCAUCUCAUUCGAUUUAUCUGUAAAUAUAAUUUAUUGAGGCCUUUGGGUGGCACCAGAGCCUUCAUUCUAAUGCAUUUCCCAUGUCCCUCUUCCACAAGUGUGAUCAAAAGUGACCUGAAACA